AUGAAGGACACUUCGCAUAGCAGUCGACGGCUCGGGCAGCGUUGCCUUGGUGCAGUUGUGGCGAUACUCGCCUUCAGCGCAUCCGGAACGCGCGCAUGGGAGACCAAAGCCCAAGCGCUUGAGCAAGCGGUCUCGCUCGUACAUGAUCCAAAUGUUUUUGGCGUCUCGAGCCUCUCGACCCGCUACCCUCCCGACCAUGCUGUCACAGAGCUCGCCGAUCAUGUCAUCACAGGGCCCGAGUACUAUUCCCUGUGCGAUUCCGAGGCGGGCUCUCUUCUCUAUCUCGGAUUGACCGUCUCGCAGACGUGGCGAAACGUGCUCCACAGCGAGUCUCGUAAUGCUACCGUGAGCAUUGCGUCGAAUGCAGACCCUUCUCUACCAGAUCCUCGACACAGCUCAAAGCACCAUCCGGAUCGAUGGCAGGAUCGCCGACCCUCGUGGAGACGCGGAAUGCCCUCCAAGCCGCGUAUCACUCUGUUCGGUCAUUUCGACAUUCUCAACGUCACCCAAGAUCCCCGUGGAGCCGAACGUGCCUCGCAAUGCUACCUCGAGCAGCAUAGCGACGCUUCGCACUGGGCACCCAAUUCGACCGAGUCGCCCCACGUGCCCUUCUGGGCAACCUUCCACGUAGACAAGGCAUACUGGGUAGGCGGCUUCGGAGACGAGCACUACAUCGGCUGGUUCACGAGCGACGAAUGGAGCACGGCUUUCAAGCGACACCGCCUUUCUGACACCCUGCCUCCACCCGCUCAAGACUUCCCUGAACUCGCCUUCCAGUAA